AUGCAAUUUUCCAUCACUCUGUUCGCCCUCUUCGCAGGCCUUGCCGUUGCAGGCCCCACUGCCAUCGAACCUCGCCAGAACACAGCGUUCCCUCUCUACAAAGACUUCGAUAUGCCGGGACCGCCUUGGGGUCUUUGCGGAGUAUACUGGAACAUUCUUGCGCAGGGUGGCGAUGGUCUUAUUCAGGAGCCGGUGAUCGAGGACGCGGAAGACAAAAGUCUCGAGGGAGCUUUCCGGCAGGUGGAUUAUUUCAAGCCGUCGCGGUCUUACGAGAACGGAAAAGGAACGGACAUGGUCAGCGUGUGGACUGAGCAGUUCUAG